AUGGCGGACGCCGCCGCCGAUCUGCGCCGGAGGAUUAAGGAGAAGCGGGCCACCAUCGAGCGCCAGAUCACCGGCUCCCGGGACAGCGCCGCCGCCGCCUCCUCGGCCUUUAACGCCGCCCUCCUCGAGGCGCGCUCCAUCGCCAACCAGACCCGAACAAAAACAACACCUCCGGAAAUUAGAAUCAGAUCUAGCACAGUUCAAACAAGCAGAAGGUCAAAACAUAAGCUCAUGACUGAGUCGAUUUCAAACACCACUGCAACAAAUGAGCAGCUCAGACGCUUGGUUAUGGACCGUAGGGCUACAAGAGAUGAAUGCAUGAAUGCCAUAUCAAAUCAACUCAAAGAUAUUGAAUCCCUUGAAGCUGAGAGUGACGCAGAUGGGGAUAAGAACCUAGAGAAUGCUCUUAUGUGGUACGAUAAGUUUCUUGGUUUUCAAGUUGUUGGAGAAGAAGGGGUGAAAUUUGUGUUCAACAAAAUUGAUGUGCAAAGUCCUGACAAGGAGUAUUCUUUUUGCGUAAAGCUUGUUGAAGAAAGAUACAUCUUAGUCCGGUGUGUUCCAUUUGUGGAUGGCACUGAAGAAUUGGUGAAGGAUCUUAACUGCAACAAUGAUCUGUACAAAUUUGUGAGGGUCAUGAGAAACAGGUUCCAGGCUGCUACAAUUAGUGGAAAUCUGUUGUCAAGCUCCUUUUGCCCUGACGUAUUAUCCAUAACAUCUUCAUCAUUCUCAGCAUUAUCACUGGAUUCCAGAAGUGAAAAUAGCAUUGAUCGAAGUCGUACACAAGGUCAGUCAAAGAACCAGGAAUUUCCACUUAAAGGGAUAGCAAAAUCCUCCCCUCAUACCAUGCUAAUCGUGAGUACAUUCUACAUUCACCCCUCCCCUAUGUAUAGCUAG